GCACGGCAAUUAAAACUGGCGGGCAACCUGGCUCGGUCCUCCGGCAGCGGUGGCGGUGGCGGCGGUGGUGGCGGUCGGACCGGCGGCAGCAGAUCUGGUGGUAAUGGUAACAGCGGUGCCGCUGGUGGCGGCGGCGGUGGCAGCGGCAGCGGCGGCGGCGGCGGCGGCGGCGGUGGUGGCGGCGGAAGUGGUGGUGGUGCGAGAAACGCGGGGACAGCCGCCGCUGAACCCGGAAUCGUCGCGGAUGAGGCCGCCGGACCUGCCGGUGGCCACCUAAUCGAAUGGGAGGAAAACGAUCGCUUUUCCUUCGACGACUCCGACCGCUUCGAGGAGGACUCCCUGUGCAGCUUCAGCAGCGAACCCGAGUCGCUCUGUAAUAACUGGCGAGGAUGGAGACGACUCCCGCCGACGUUCGGGUUGUCCAAGAAGUCCUGCGAGGAUGGACAUCAGGCGGUGCCAACUCUUUGCGAGCUUUCGGCACGAUGCGUCGCGUCCCAUAUUCCCUUCGAGCUGGUGGAACACUUCUAUCCUCCUGUACCGGAGCAGCUUCAGCUGAGAAUAGCCUUCUGGAGUUUUCCCGACAACGAAGAGGACAUACGGCUUUAUUCAUGUCUCGCGAACGGUAGCGCUGACGAAUUUCUCCGCGGUGAACACCUCUACCGCGCCAAGACCGUUAAGGAACCCCUACAAAUCGGAUUUCAUCUGAGUGCCAGCGUAAAUCCGCAAACAAACGGGGUUAGAGCGCAGUUCAACGUCGCUGUAACGUUUGAUCGGCGCAGGAUUACAUCAUGUAAUUGCACCUGCUCCUCAACGGCCUAUUGGUGCGCGCACGUGGUAGCCGUUUGCCUGCACAGAAUACACAUGCCAACGCAAGUAUGUCUGAGGGCGCCGGUUAGCGAGUCUCUGUCACGAUUGCAUCGGGAACAACUGCAGAAGUUCGCUCAAUAUCUCAUCAGUGAAUUACCUCAGCAGAUUUUGCCCACUGCCCAGCGGCUUCUGGACGAACUGCUCUCGACUCAGCCAAGCGCUAUUAACAGUUAUUGUGGAGCCCCGGACCCGACCGCUGGAGCAUCCGCUUACGAUCAGACCUCCUGGUACUUAGAUGAAAAGACGUUACACGAUAACAUCAAGAAGAUCCUAAUUAAGUUUUGUGUGCCGGCUCCCAUAGUCUUCAGCGAUGUUAAUUAUUUGAGCACUACCGCACCUCCAGCCGCUUCCGAAUGGGCGUCAUUGCUGCGACCAUUGAGAGGUCGCGAGCCAGAGGGCAUGUGGAAUCUCCUUUCCAUCGUACGCGAGAUGUUUAAGAGAAAUGAUCGUAAUGCCAUUCCUCUGCUAGAGAUCAUCACGGAAGAGUGCAUGGCUUGCGAGCAGAUUCUUGUUUGGUGGUUUAACACCAAAGUCGCAUUAUUAAACGGCACCGGAUAUGGUAGCAAACAUAAUAUGAACAGCAACGUGCACGCUUCUCAACACGCGUGCUCAUCUCUGUGCGACGAGAUCGUGGUUCUCUGGCGAUUGGCCGCCUUAAAUCCCGGUCUAUCUCCAUCAGAGCGUGAGAUGUUGCAUGCUCAAUUUAUGGCUUGGCACUUGAAGAUCAUAGAUAAAGUCGCCAAGUGCCGUGGCAGUUCCGUGCCGCACAACUCACACAAUAGAAGUAAUAGUUCACAGAAAGAUUCCCUGAAACAUGAUCUCGCGGUCUUUACCGGAUUUAAAUCGGCGCUCGAAGCUUGCUAUCUUGAUUGGGAUGAAUACGUCUUGCCGGGAAUAACAUAUACCGUCGAAAACAACCCUAUGUAUCACUGUCCCUUUACGUGUUUUCGGCAUGCUGGGGAUACAAGGACAGAAGUUAAUCAGGUAAAUUCUAGUUCAGCGGUAUUAAAUUAUCAACCACCAAUUUCACAUCAUCACGGUCGACGGCCGUUGAAUGUCGGUCUCGUCGAGUUCAGCUAUUUGGACAGACGACGGCUGAAUCCGCGUGAAUUCCCGUUGUGUUCGAGAAGCGGAGGCGGCGAUGGAAAUCGUAGCAGCGUUAGCUCCGAAGGUUUCUGUGAGAAUGACACCGACAUUCCUGAUAUAUCUGAGUCUCAGGUUGUUCUUAGACAAGGUUGUGCUCAACUAAAUAAUUGCGGCGAUACCGAUUCGCAGGAAGGGGCUGGUAGCGAGUCAUCUUCCAACAGUAACGUUAGUAUGAAGAACGCUCAAGGCUCGGACAAGCAUCGCUCAAACGCCUCGUCCGAGACACAUAGUGAUAGUAGUGAUAGUAGUAAUAACAAACCUGCCUCUGAGAACACGAAGUGCAGUAGGACGAAUCAUGCAGAGUGCCGUGAUAAAUCGCGCGCGGUUGUGCCCAAAGGGGCCAGUGUUAAGAACGAACAAGAAUCCGAUCAGGAAAAGGAAGCUAACAGGCCAUUUAAGGACGAGAGUUCUUCUUCUAGUAGUGACAGUCCUUCUGGUGAUGAAUAUAAUGUUUACUAUUACGAUCCAAAAGCUGUGACCAGUAAUAUUGGUCUGCCGAGUAAAUAUGCUAAAAGCAAUACGCAUACCGCUACCACUCAGGAUGCCAGUGUAGUUCUAAAUAAUUUAAAGAAAACGGAAGAUCCAUGGGACAUUUUAUUCGCACGGGCAGAAGGACUUUACGCUCACGGUCACACGAGAGAAGCCUGUAUUAUUGGAGUGCAGCUAGCCGAGGAACUGUUGGCUAAUCCUCCUGAUCUUAUGAUCGAGGGACCGCCGGUGCCGGUAAAGAACAAACGAAAGAGGCAACAUGUAAAUCCAGCGUCUCAUCAGGUAACGUGUCUUGCAUCAGCGACUUUAGCAAAAUGUGGAUUCCUAUGCACAGUACUCGCCGAGAAUCCAGAAUAUCACAAUCUGGCGUUUCGCGUGGGUCUUUUUGGCUUAGAAAUGGCUAGACCACCGGCUAAUACAAAACCUUUGGAAGUCAAAUUGGCUCAUCAAGAAAGCGAAUUGGUAGUUUUGCUGAAAAGAAUUCCUUUGGGACCGACUGAAUUAGCUAUGAUAAAACAGAGAGCCGAACAAUUGAGAGAUGGAGUUAUGAAAUCAAGAGGACAUGCACUUUUACCUAUCAUGUUGGCUAGUUUUAUUUAUGAUGCGCUCGAUGUACCAAGAGUAAAACUACCCGCGGAAAUCGAUUCGAAUCUUGGGUUUGACGCCGCCGUAGCUGUCUUGGGAUUGAAGGCGAAUGUAAGUGAAGCAGAUCAUCCUCUUCUUUGUGAAGGAACUCGCAGACAAAGAGGAGAUUUGGCUAUUACUUUACUCGUGCAUUAUAAAGAUGAUCCCGUAAAAUUGGCUAGAAUAAUGGACAAGUUGUUGGAUCGAGAUGUUCAUCAACUUAUAAAAUCACCUAUUUCCAGUAGUUAUUAUACUUCUAAUCCUCUUACAAAGAAUGAGAUGGCACGAUUUGUUCACGAUGAAGAACGUUCAUCUCCUUUAGCUGGAACUGAUAAUGGCGGUGAAAACAUAAUUGGCGCUAACAGCAGACCUCAUAGCAGUACGAGCGCAGAACUAGAAGGUGGUAUGAGUGCGUUAACCAUACAACCGCAAAUUGUGCAGCCACCUGUGCCUAUUAGAACUAAAGAAGCACGAUAUAAAAGCAAAAGGCUAUAUCCGUCUAUUCCUAAUCAACCGUCAGAAGCAAGCGCGCACUUUAUGUGUGAAUUAGCGAAGACUGUCUUAUCGAAGGCUGGUGGUACCAGUUCAACUUCGUUAUUUACUCAACCAUCUACUAGUCAAAAUCAUCAUGGCCCCCAUAGAGCGCUUCAUAUGUGUGCUUUCCAACUCGGUUUAUAUGCUCUUGGUCUUCAUAAUUGUGUUAGCCCGAAUUGGCUCAGUCGUACAUAUUCAAGCCACGUGUCUUGGAUAACCGGCCAAGCAAUGGAAAUUGGAGCGCCAGCGAUUUGGUUCCUUAUUGAUAGUUGGGAAGGACAUCUGACGCCGCCGGAAGCUGUCAGUAUAGCUGAUAAAUCUUCGAGAGGUAGUGAUCCGAAUAUGGUUAGGGCAGCAGCAGAGCUUGCUUUAUCUUGUCUACCACACGCACACGCUCUUAAUCCUAAUGAAAUUCAGAGAGCUAUAUCUCAGUGCAAGGAACAAAGCGAGGCCAUGUUGGAGAAAGCUUGUAUCACUGUGGAAAAUACUGCGAAAGGAACCUCUGGUGUUUAUCCAGAGGUGCUUUUUCAGGUGGCAAAGUAUUGGUACGAGUUGUAUCUUCGGCAAACUCCCGGUGGAGAUCAACAGGAUGAGAUUCCUUAUGAUCCAUUACAAUUAGAUCUCAAUGGCGUAUUACUAGUGGAUCCAGGACCUUCCGUUGACCUGUCAAAUACUCAAAUGAUGCCCGGACCGGCGCAGACAGUUGUUGUUACUAGCACACAGCCACCACCUCAACAUUACACUCAUCCAACAAUUACGACUCUGGCACCUUUAGGAGUUGGCAUGCCGUACGCCGUGGGCCCAUAUAGUUUUGUACAUCCUCAUCAUUCCAUCGCGACGUUUAGCGGUCCAAUGCCCUCGCACAGAGUCACUCUUCCACCCGCACCACACAUGCAAAUGUAUCAUCCAUUUCCACAUCAUCCUGCACACCCUCAACACCCUCCGCAUCCGCAUCAUGCAUCUCCGGCCGCUCCACCUCCACCUGGACCAUAUUAUACACCGCAACCUCCACCGACACCGGGAACACGUCACUUAUAUACAAUGCAACAGCCUAUACCAGUCCAAGCGGGAGUGGCAGGUCCUCUUCCUGGACAAAACAAUUUACCUGGACCCCCUUUAGUCCAGACGCAAUCUAUAAUAUCAACUGUUAGAGCCCAACCUCAGGUUCAUAGACAAAACCAGACGUUUAAUCAACAACAAUUACGAACUCUCGUUUCCGCAUAUCGUGUAGGUAUGCUAGCAUUAGAAACUUUGGCUCGCAGAGUGCAUGAUGAUCGUCCUCAAGCUAAAUAUGCGCGAAAUCCGCCCUAUGGAGAAGAUGUUAAGUUCUUGCUCAGAGUCGCGAAACGGCUUGGUACGCAAUACAUGCAUCAAAUCUGCAUUUGUGCUGUAAAUAGCAUUGUGAGCCCUUUUGUCCUUCACCAUGUUGCCCUGGAAGCAGCUCAAUAUCUUGCUAGAAAUAAUCCAGCGCUCAUCGUACAGCACUUGAGGUCUGCCUUAUUGGCUCCGCUAGUACACAAAUGUCAACAAAUGUACAUUCAGUGUAUGCAUCAAAAAUUAUAUCAUCUAACAGCCGCUGAUUACGAAGAAUUUGCUAGUAUUGUUUGUGCAGCAAGGGCUGCUUUCCAAAUCAAUCUUGAAGGAAAUACUCAAUUUAAAGAGUGGUUACAAUCGAUCAAAAGAUCUCAGUCUUGUAAUAAGGAAUUAUGGGCACAGAUCAACGCGGCGCUACAACAGACCGGCAAAUGACACAGGACGGAGCCAGGCGUGACGUGGCUCACUUCCCUUCCUCCUCACCCUCAACCAUCCCUGCCGCCUCCACCACCGACAACUCUCGUAUUGCAGCAUCAACAUCCCUGUCACCCCCAUCCACAGAGCGUCGUAUGCGUUCACGGGCUGGCUACAGUCAAUAAGCUCGCUUGGGAUAAAAUCUCCAUACCAUGCAUCAUUGAGGAACCGGCGGCGCACCAGCUGCCGCCACCUCUUCAACACCAGAUAACUGGACCACCAGGACCAUCUGCAUGGCAAGAACCAAUCGACAGCCGUGGUUCUCAGGGGAUCAAUAACAGAGACGAGCGAGAUUUAUCUCAAGUUUAGUUAAUGUAUCUAGAAACGCGUGAGUAGUUGAGAACGAUCAAGAUAAUCAAUUGAAGAGGAUAUAUGAGUUAGAUUUAACACGAAUAAGUGAAAACAGCUUCAUGUAUAAGCUUGUGUGUUAAGUUUUACAUAUAUGCAUUAUCGCUUGCAUGGUAAGAUUUACAUAAAAAAUGAUAAAACACUCAGUGCGUUGUUUAUGUAAGAAUCUUCUGCAUAAAGUGAUAUAUGCAUAUUAUAUUAACGGCCAUGAAUCAAAAUUCAUGUUUUGACUUGGAGUCAUAUCGGACGUGCGAGCGAGUCAUAAAGUAUUCAGCAUUUCUUUAUAUUGAGAUAAAUUAAUUCUGGUAAUAUUAUGAUUGGUCAGAGAUUAAAAAUUAAUUCUGGUAAUAAUAUGAUCGAUCGGAGAUUUGGCGUGAUAUUAGUCGAAAUUAUUUUGUUUUGCCAGGUACAAUUUUGCACAGGACAUCAUAGAUUUUUUUCAUAUUUUUUUUUUUAAUGCAGUAUAUGAUUUCCUCUAUCACUCGUUUUUUUAAAACUCGUUUAUUUUACGUAUUUAAGAAUAUAUAGUAUAAUUAUAAUAAAAUUUUUGGAAAAAAUGUUGCUUCUUAUUGAAUAAUUUAUUAUUGUAUUUAAAUGAUUUGAUAUACCAAUUAAUGUUAAUAGUAAAAUUCACAAUUUGAAUAUUUUGUUUUCGUAAAACACACACACAUAAACACACACACAUGUAUAAUAAUUAUACAUAUAUAUGUUAUAAAUAUUUAUAAAACAAUUGUUAAAAGAUUCAUGUUACAUAGAAAAAAUAUAUAAUAUAUAUUUUUAUAUAAGUUACGCUGAUUAACAAUUGCAUAAAAAUUAAAAACUUUUCUUGUAAUAAUUAAGAUACUACAAAUAGUACAGGUUCUUUAGUUAAAAUAAACCAAUUUAUGAUAUUCCAAUUUUACAGUAGCUUGAUUUGGUAGAAAAGGAAAAUUUUUCACUCUAAAUUGAAAUAUUUGAAAAGACAUUUGGUUUUGGUGUUUGCUGAUAAUAAUAAUAAUUAUUAUUUUUGCAUGUAUUAUGCAUUUAUAAUAUUAAUAAUAAAUAGUAAUUUUCUGAUAGCAAGCAGGUUAAUUUACAAAUUGUUAUUAAUAUAAAUAUUAAUGAUUAUUAUCAUUAUUUAAUAUAAAAUUAACAUUUUCAUAUGUCAAUAUAAAAAUACUUAUUAAAGUAUUUUGUAUCUUUUUUUAUAAAGUGUAAUAUUCUUAUACACUGCAGUGACAAUGUGUCAUCGAUAGACCAUAAUGUCAAAAUUCAUGCGAUGAUAUUAAAACGUCGGCAGACUGAAAUGUCAAAAUUCAAAGAUUUCAUACACUUGUAUCUGGCAUCUUGCCUUACGUUUAAAUUGUUUUAAUAUACUUUUACUAUUUGCAUCUUAUCUAUCUUAUGUUUGAACUUCACGACUGUCAUAAUUUAUGAUAUUUGUUUUCUUACAUUAUCACGUCCGGCAUUCUGUUACUUUUUCUGUAAGUAAAAGCUCAAUUACGUAAUUAUAAUUUUUAACAUCAAGUAUUUUCAAUUAUUUACUAGUGAUUUUUUACCAUGCACAGAAUAAUGAAAUAAUCAAGAAAAUACAUUGAUUAAAAAGUUGAUGAGCUUAUUCUAUAUCAAUUAUCCAUUAGUGCAUUUUUUAUAUUUAUAUAUUUUGAUUUUGUAUAUUUUAUAAAUGUGUAUAUAGUAUACAUUACUAUGUUUGACAAAUCAUAUACGCGAAUUAAUUUUGGCUGCAUUCACACAUUGAAAGGAAAAACUGUUUAAAGAAUAAACACAAACUUUAAUACUUUUAAAUGUAAUAAUACGUUGCAAGACACGCAUCAAAUAUAUAGAUCUCUUAACACACAGCUGUUAUUCCUUAAAAUCCGAUUUGUUAAGCUCGAUCUGUUGUAGCUUAUUUUUUUCUGAGUAUUGAUUUUUUCGAUUACCUAUUCUUACACACAGAAGAUGUGUAUGAUAUAUAUAAAAUGUAUCAUAAUACAUAUUAGAUACUGUAAUAUAUUUAUUAUAUAUUAUUUAUUAAAUAUUAUAUAUAAAUAUGUAUAUAUAAUACACACACACACACACACACACACACACGCGCGCGCGCGGAGCGUCCGAUACGUAAAUAAGCUGUGGGCAUAACAAUAUACCCAGCAAUUAUAUUUUAGAAAUAUUUGAUGACUAUUUUUUAGGAACAUUUAGGAAAUAUUCUCUAAAGAUGUAUAUAAAAUAUAGGAAAAAUGUAUUAGGAACAUUCGUAAUAUG